AUGGCGAAUAUUCCCAGAUACCUUCGUCGGCCUGGAGAUGAAGGGUACAGGACCCCAACCAUCGAAGACACAGAGAAAAACCUCUCUGCCGGUGCACUGCCAUUCAUAUUUCCCUCUCAACCGCCGACUCCUCGCUGUCCUACGCCGCCGGUUCUCUUGCAGUUUCGUCAACGGCCGCCGCUUGCGCAUAAUUUACCCAAGAUAAAUGAUGAUGGAGACGGGAAUGGGACGAUAACGCCAGUGCAAGCUGCAGAGAACCAGUUGCCAUCACUUACCUGGAAAGAGCGUAUACGACAUUUGACAUGGUCGUUUUUCACGCUGACGAUGGCCACCGGCGGGCUGGCGAAUGUAAUUUAUACGAUCCCUGUCCAGGCUCGGUGGCUGGAGAUAGUCGGGCUUACCAUCUUCUUGUUUAACCUGGCAUUCUUCGUGCUUAUCAGUGUGUUGAUGUGUGUACGGUUCUAUCUAUAUCCGUACACCUUCAAGGCAUCGUUUCUGCACCCUACAGAGUCGCUAUUUGCCCCGGCCGUGAUCGUUUCUUUCGGUACGAUACUCAUCAAUGUGGCACAAUAUGGUCCCAGCCAUGCCGGUGAAUGGCUUUCCCACGCAACAGUGGUUUUGUUCUGGUUUGAUGCAGCGUUGGCGGUUACCUUGUCAGCGGGCAUUUAUCUCAUCUUGUGGUCAACACAGACAUUUACAAUUGCUAAAAUGACGCCAAUAUGGAUAUUCCCAGCAUAUCCGAUGCUGAUCAUUGGGCCUCACGCGGGGAUCUUGAGUGCCAGCGUGCCUCAGAAACAGGCCCUUCGCAUCAUCAUCGGCGGCUGGACUAUACAGGGAAUCGGAUUCCUGGUCUCGCUGAUGGUCUACUCUGCAUUCAUAUACCGCCUGAUGACGCAGAAACUGCCGAACGAAUCCCUCAGACCAGGCAUGUUCGUAUCAGUCGGACCAAGUGCAUUUACUGUGGCGGGGACCUUGAGCAUGGCCGACAAUGCUGCCAGGUCCUUACCUGCCGACUUCAUGGGUGACGGGAAGCUGACAGCGAAAAUUCUCUUUGUCGUUUCGAACUUUGCAGCCCUGUGGCUAUGGGGCCUGGCGGUGUUCUUCUUCUUCAUUGCCGUCUUUGCUCACUGGACACCAGCACGUCGAGGUCGGAUGACUUUUUCGAUGACCUGGUUCUCCUUUGUCUUUCCAAACACCGCGCUGACAACGGCCACUUUUGCCGUCGGGAGGGCGUUUGGAAGCAAUGGCAUCCAGGUAGUGGGCUAUGUUCUUACCGUCCUACUCUUCAUCACGUACUUUUUUGUCUUUUCCAUGAUGGUUCGAGCCAUCCGGGCUCGACAGAUACUGUGGCCGCAGAAGGGAGAGGACAAGGACGAGGGUGGAUUUAAAAUCAAGGAGCAUAAGCCGGCAACUUUUUGCAUACGCUCAUAG